AUGUCGGACAGCGCAACCUCCUUGGCCAGCACGACGGCAACAGCUGCACCAACAGUUCUUGUAGAGGACUUGAAUUUCGGCGUCACGGACUAUUCCAUAUUCGUAAUCAUGCUAAGUAUCUCGGCAGCCAUUGGCGUCUAUUUUGGAUUCUACUCCAAGUCGAAGAACACCACCGACGAAUACCUGCGCGGGGGCAAGAAGAUGCAGGCGCUGCCCAUUGCCAUAUCCUUGGUCUCCAGUCAACUAUCUGGAGUUGCGAUCAUGUCAGUUCCAACCGAGAACUACACAUAUGGCUUCAACUUUAUAUUCAGUGUGCUGGCCAUGUUGCCAACUAUCCCAAUCCUUAUAUACAUUAUUGUGCCGGUGUUCUACGACAACAAUGUCGUCAAUUGCUAUGAGUACUUGGAGAUGCGUUUCAAUAAGGGAACUCGUCGAUUCGUCACUCUCACAUUCAUUAUGAACCAAUUCCUGAUGCUGCCCGUCUAUAUGUUCAUACCCUCGCUUGCAUUCUCUCAAGUGACCGGUGUAAAUAUUCACCUGAUCAAUAUAAUUGUCUCCUCGGUGUGUGUUUUCUACACCAUGUUGGGAGGCGUUAAGGCGGUCGUCUGGACGGAUGUUGUCCAGGCUGCUGUAAUGCUUAUCUCGGUGAUCAUGGUGGCUGUCUUGGGUAUAACGGAAACAGGAGGCUUGGCCACUGUGCUGGACCACGCUACACAGGGGGGACGUAUGAACUUUGACUUCAGACUGGAUCCCAGGAUUCGGUCUACUAUCUGGAAUUGCUUUAGUAGCGGGUUGUUACUAUGGACGGGUAAAAUUGGAGUCGAUCAGAGUUGUGUUCAGCGUAUUGUCUCGUUACCCUCGUUUAAGGAAGCAAAAAAAUCUCUAGUUGUGGCGGGAUUAGGUUUCAUGAAUAUCAUGACCCUCACCUAUUUUACCGGCAUCAUUAUGUUUGCUCGCUACUUCGGCUGUGAUCCCAUGCUCGCCGGCUUGGUCAGCAAGCCAGACAAAAUGAUGCCCUUCUUCAUUCAGGACAUAAUGGGUAAGCUGCCCGGCAUGCCCGGACUGUUCAUCUCGUGCGUAUUCAGCGCUUCUCUGAGCUCCCUUUCGGCCAAUCUCAACUCGCUCGCUGGCGUCGUCUACUUCGACUACAUCAAGCCGCACAUACGGCAUACRGAAGCGCGGGCCAAUGGAUGCAUGAAGCUGGUCGUGGUUGCCAUGGGCGUCUACUGCAUUUUGGGAGGCAUCAUUGUGCAGCACUUCAACUCCAUYCUGCAGACCAUGUGGACCGUAACGGGCAUCAAUACGGGCGCCGUUGUGGGCGUCUUCCUGCUGGGCAUGUUUGUGCCCCGUGUCAAUGGGAAGGUGGCAAUGACCAGCAUCAUAUUCAGUGUGCUGACCAUGCUCUGGCUCAUCAUCAAUGCAAUGAUGAACAUCAAGGCGGGACUCAUUAAGUACGAGGUGCUCCCAAACAGCUUGGAUCAGUGCGAGGCKCGAGGCUUCCAUGCAAUUCUUGCAGCCAUAAAUCACACAACAACUACACCAGCAACAGCAACAGCAAUACCAUUGCCUGUGAAUGUGACAACAGCCUUUGACAGCAAUCGGGAGUUUUCAAUCUUCGAUAUAUCUUUCUAUUGGUACAAAAUGAUAGGCGCAAUCCUGAUMUUCGUGUGUGCCGUGCCCUUAAGCUAUAUCUGGCGUCCGGAUAAGARCGAKAAGCUGAAUCCCAAACUMUAUUCGCCRUUUGUACGCAAUAUGUUGAAUGUGUCUGAAGCGGAAGUGGAGCUGGAGGAGGUUCCAUUGAAAGAAUCCCCAACCAAAGGGCCACAUGAAAACGCAGAAUUGUUAUUUACGAACUAA